AUGAACACUUCGCAGGCUGGAUCGGCAGCUCGGGCUGCCUGGCUGAGCUCUUGCUGCAACCAGUCCGGGGGCCCUACUGAGGCCCUCCAGGGGUCGCACGCAGUGGUGCAGGUGGUCGUGCUGGGCGUGCUGUCACUUCUGGUGCUCUGCGGUGUCCUGUUCCUGGGCGGUGAUCUCCUCCUCCGCGCACAGGGGCUCACCCAGCUGCUGUCCCGCGAGCACCACGAGCCCCCCGAGGCCGAGCCCCGUGGCACCAGCGAAGGUGAAGAUUCUGAAGAUACCUAG